AUGAGACCUACUAGAAUUCUAUUGAGCGCUGCCCAAAAACAAAAACCAGGUCUAGGAAUCCCUGUGGAGUUGACCCCUCUUUUCUUGGCUAUGGGUGUUGCUAUCAGCUCUGCGUGCUGGUUCACUUACAAGAAGUUUAGAUUCGAUACCAGUUUGAGAGUUGGUAGAACCAACCCCGACAGAUCCGGUCUCAAGGAGGUUUUGGAAGAGACUAAGAACUAG